CUGCUGUUAGUUUGCGCUGUGUUUAUUGUUAAGGUUGUGUGGAUUAGCACUGCGGUACCCAGUUCAUUUUAAUAAUAUCAACAAUAUAGCUUUGAGAUGAGUUAAGAUGCUCGACCUGUUCUCAGCUCUCUACUUAGGAUGACAGCUAGUGUUUCCAGUGGCUGACAGGGAAGGAAUUCGUGAAAGACACAGAAGAAAAUAUGAACGAAGGAAAGGUGAAAGAAAAAACCAUGAUACUGCACCAAAACUAAUCCACACCUGCUUCCAAGGAGUACCUUCAUCUGCUACCAGCUUGCUCUGGUAAUGGCUAACUCAGUGGCCUUAGUGGUCCAAGCAGAACUCUUGCCGCCUCAGUCCACCGCCUCCCUCUCUCCUUUCCCAUCCCUUCUUGGUUCUGGAGAGGAUGGUGAGGACGAUAGGGACAGAGGGGAGCUUGUGGAUGAAGACAAGGCAGUAGUAGAGGGUGGAGUAGAGGUGGUUCUGGACAUGGUGACGUCCUCCGUCCCAGGCCCAGCCCAGCAGCCUGAGCAGUCGGACCAUCCCUUCCGGUGUAUGGACUGUGGGAAGAGCUUCAGGUGGUCGUCCAGGCUGACCCACCACCAGCGGAGCCACAACAAUGAGAGACCAUACCGCUGCAACCUCUGCCCCAAGGCCUUCAAGGGCUCCUCUGCUCUGCUCUACCACCAACGGUCUCACUCAGGGGAGAAGCCUUACAAAUGUCAGGACUGUGGCAAAGCCUUCAAACGCUCCUCUCUACUCCAGGUCCAUCAGAGCGUGCACACUGGAGUGCGUACCUUCUUGUGCCCCUAUUGCCCCCUGACCUUUAAAUGGAGUUCUCAUUACCAGUAUCACCUGCGCCAGCAUACUGGAGAGUGUCCAUACCCCUGUGACACCUGCCCCAAGGCCUUCAAGAACUCAAGCAGUCUGCGGCGACACAAGAAUGUCCACCUUGGUCUCAAGCCUUACACCUGCUCAGUAUGUAACAAAUCCUUCACUCAGUCUACCAACCUAAGGCAGCACAUGAGGAUACACACAGGUGAGAGGCCCUACAUCUGUAGUGAGUGUGGACGAAGCUUCACACACUCAUCAAACCUGGCCCUGCACAAGAACUCACACUCCAACCUCAACGCAGGAGGGAAGGAGGGAAAGAGGGGAGAGGACGCAAGGAAGGGAAAUGAGGUAGUGGAGGUGGUGGUAGGGACUGAGGAAGUGACAUCGUCCAUGUUGACGGACAUGGUUGAAUUUGUGAGCCAGGAAGGAACUGAUGGAGUUGGGGUGGGGAUGGAAGAAGUGUUCCUGUCAACCACCUCGUCUGGCCAAAAUCCCGGCCUCCUCCCCCAGCUCACCCUCACAUCCUCUGGGGGGGACAUGUGUGCAUCUAGGGCAAUCGGGACAGAGGUUCACCUGAGCACAGACACCGGGGCCAGUGUGCUGCUGUACAGCUGUGGCAGCUGCAGCCACACCUUUGGCACACGAACAGACCUAGAGGAGCACCAGUCCAUUCACAUGGCUCCAGAGGAACAUGGGGCCAGUGCAGAAGCCGGGCCUGGAGCAGGGAUGGAGGUUGGGGAUGGGCUUGUGGGAGCUGGCCACCUGCUGGCUGAUUUUGAGGAGGUGGUGGAGACGACGACAGUGGCUGAAAAUGGACACACGACAGAGGUGCUCCUCGGACUGACGGAGGGAGCAGAUGGCAGUAAUACAAAUGUGGGCACCACCCAGGCCCAGUUUGACCUGCUGCAGAGCUUCACUGAGGUGACUCAGAGCUCUGAGACCGUUCAGCCAGAGGCCAGAACCACAUGGGCAGGGCUGUCAUGCGGCUACUGCAAUAAGACCUUUAAGACCAGUGGAGGCCUCAAUAGACAUGUGUCACUGAUGCACUCUCUUUCAUCACAGUCUCGCUCCCAAUUCAGCUGCUCCGCCUGUGACCGCUCCUUCCCCCUUCUAUCCUCACUCCUCACCCACCAACACUCCCACACCCCUGAGCAACGUCUCCUGGCCGAGGCAGAGGCUGAGAUAGUGUGUCCUCCUUCCCUCUCUCUGUCUCUCCCCCUUCCCUCCUCUCCCAGCCAGGCUGACAAGCAGCAGGAAGGCCAGAGGGAGAUCCAUGUUGACAUCAUUGCCGUCGGUGAGGAGCACGAGGAACAACCGGCCAAACCGACCAAAGCCCCCAAAAAGACGGGAGCCAGCAAGAGCACUGCUGCUGGAGAGAGGCCAUACCGCUGUUCAGAGUGUGGAAAAGCCUUCAAAGGUUCAUCAGGCCUGAAAUAUCACAUGAGGGAUCACACUGGGGAAAGGCCCUACCGCUGUACUGAGUGUGGAAAGAGCUUUAAGAGGUCGUCACUGCUUUCAAUCCAUCAGAGGGUACACACAGGUGUUCGGGCUUUCCAGUGCCCCCACUGCCCUCUCACUUUCAAAUGGAGCUCUCACUACCAGUACCACUUACGGCAGCACACAGGCGAGAGGCCAUAUGUGUGUAAGGAGUGCGGCAAGUCCUUCAAGAACACCAGCUGCCUGCGUAGACACAGUCAAAUGCACUCUGGACUGCGGCCUCAUACCUGCUCCAUCUGCUCAAAGUCUUUCUCGCAGACGUCAAACCUCAAACAGCAUGAACGCACCCACUCUGGUGAGAGACCCUUUCAGUGCACACACUGCAAUAAAAGCUUUACACACUCCUCCAACCUCCAGCUCCACCUUCGCACACACUCCUCAAGCAAGGACUACAAAUGCCCAUACUGCUCUAAGGAGUUUGUCAUGCACUCGUACUUGCAGAGGCACAUCCGCACCCAUGGCAGUGGUGUUCCCCUGCCCUGCCCUGGUGGUGGACCUAAAGAUGGAGUGGCUGUGAAAGCCAGUGUUGGAGGAGUAACAACCACCACAACCCUGCUCAACCCCAUCACCCUGGAAAACUCAGGAAACCAUGGCAGCCUGAUCGUGUCCCAGCCAGCACUUAAUAUUCCCCCCAACACCUCCCAGAACUACUUUAUGAUUCAGACAGCUAGCGGCCUGCAGCUCAUUCCUUUGUCAUCCCCUACACCAGCCCCUCCACCUCCUCCUCCACCACCGCUGCCUCCGUCCCAACCCCAAAACUUCUUCCUUCUACAGUGCCCCUCCAACAAUGGCAGCCAGUCCAGCUUGAUCCUUGUCCCAACAGCAAACAACCCUCCACCAGCUCCGGAGCCUCAGACCCUCCCUGUGCUUCAGACUAUCCAAGCUCUGCAACCCGUCCUAAACCAAACACAGACUCAGAUACCCCAUUUUCCGACCAUAUCACAGCAGCAACAGCAGACCAGGAUCAUAAUCACAAACAAUAAUAACAAUGCGAACACUCCUGUUGCCACGCCAACACACACUCUCUCAGCCAACUCCCUACUGACCAAGCCCAUAUUAGGGAAAAGCACAAGGACAGCACGGGGCAGACGGGGACGCAAACCAAAAGCUAGUCUUCAGAAAUCUGUCGCAGCUUCUGUCAGUCAGGCUGCAGGUGGAGCUCUGUCAGUAACAAACUGUAAUGUGACCAGCGCCGCACAGACCAUUACUGCUGCUAACACGAUCACAGAGUCCUCAACGUCAACUUUAUCCACAGUUUCCCACUGUCCCCUGUCAACAUCUUGCACUACUGUCCCAAUUCUUUCAUCUUCCACUACUGUAGCCCCCACAGUGGACACCUCAGGACCCCCAUCAACUGUUACCAUGGUUACACCAGCCACCACAGUAGCCACAACAUCAGUGUCUACUCCUCUCCCGGCCACUCUAGAAAGGAACCCCCAUACCACUGUAGGGCAAAUAAGGACAGGGGAGACCAUGACUGGGAAACAGUUUGUGUUAUGCUUUGAUAAUGAAGGACGAGCAAAGGAGGGGAUGAAUAUCGAGGAGGGUGGGGGGUCAUACGUUCUACAAUUUGAAGGGGAUGCAUCAGGAGAGGCAGUGGAUGGAGGAAUGGGUGGGGAGGGAAAAUCACUUGUGUUGCAGUUCAAGACAAAUGGGCAAGAUGAAGGGGAAAAGGGGGGAGAUAAGGGAGGGAUGAUGUCACUUCUGCGUGAAUGGGGUGGGGAAAAGCAGGGAGAGAGACAGACAGGAGAUGAAGGCAGCCAGGGAGAGUCUUAUGUCCUUCAUUUCCACACUGAGGCACAGGACAGUGGCCCAUCCAGUGCUACCUUCAGCCAAGGGCAAGAAACGAGCCUGCAGCUUUCCUGCACACCUACCCAAAGUUUGGUGCCACUUGAUGGGCAGGAGGUAGUGUUUGAACUGGGUGGUGAAUCCAAGAUGGAGCAGGAAACUGAGGAGGGUAUGCAGAUGAUAGCCUUGAUAGAAGGUGAAGGGGGAAUGAUGGGAGAAGAAGGGGCAGGUUGCAAUGUCGCAAGUGGCAGGGUUACUGAGGGCGGAGGAGCCAUGGAAAGUAUAUUUCAACUGGGAGGUGGAGAGGAAAUUGUCAUAAUUGAGGUCAGCACCAGUAGCUUAAGAGAAGGGAGAAUGGAGAGAGGAGGGGAUGCGGAGAUCUCACAAAGUAGUGAGGUGAAAUUUGAGAGUGUAACAGCAGAGGUAAAGGAAAAGUCAGCAAAGGAACACAACUCUACAGACAGUACAGAGCUACAAACAUCAACUAAAGACACAAUCAGAAAUGGACCUAUACCUAAUAAAGAGAUGCAGUUCUCUAACUAAAACCAGUGUGCAUGUUAGAGAAGACUGUGUGUGAGUGGGUGAAUGCCUCACUAUUUGUGGGCUUGGUGUGUUAGCACUUUAGUCAGUUUGAGUUCUCCUGGAACUGAGGGAGAACAUGCAGUUAGAUGAGUACUGUGUUGUAAUCCCAUGGUGCCACAUACUAGAAAUGUUAUACAUUCAAAUAGGCUGUACAUGGACCUCCGACUAUUCCUAAAUAUAUUAGAUUAAAUGAUACUGUCAUUGGCAGUUUGUUUAUUAAGUAAAUACGUUUUUGUGAAUAAAUGUUGUACAUGGCCCACUUUCUUCACACUGUUAAAAGUAAACAGUUCCUAAUUAUUAAUAAAUCUGUUAAUACCUUUGA